GUGUUGGCAGACCUGUGCUUAUUAGUAUAGUUUGGUACUGGGUUAAAAUGGUUACAAUCUGGCAAGCAUUUAGGGGAAUCCCGUGCUUCAGUCAUUUGUAUAAAUUCCACUGUUUAUUAUUUAUUCGUUCAAUUACGUUUUAUGUGAAACAUAAGUUAAAGACUAAAUAAUGGCUUCAAAAAAACUAUUUGGAUUUGUUAAAGUGAAAAGUGGCAAAUUUAUACCAAUUGAGAGAUCAAUUAAAAUAAUGACAGAAACUGCACCAGUAGCUGAAAGUGAUAAAAAGAUUGAAGUGAAAAAGUUCAUAAAGAUCCCUUGUAUAAAAGCAGAUGGAACCAGUGAAGAAAUUUCAGUACCACAAAGAGGUGAAACAGAGCUUCCCAAGAAUAAUAUAUUUCUAGAGCCAAUAUCCAAACACUCGUAUAAAGUAAUAAAGAAACAUUCUUAUCUACAAACAAACAAAAAUCAACAAGAAUGUGCUUGCCGUAAAUUAUGUAACUGCUAUAAGGAUCUGUUGAAAAUAUAUGAAGAAUUGAAACAGAAAUAUGAAGAGUUAAAUAUUAAGUUACAAGAACUCGAGCAAAACAAAGUAUUAUGUAAAUUAGCACAAAAUGAAAUUGAACAAUCAGAUAAUAUGCAAUUGAAGCUAACAAGUGUAGUGAGUAAUGAAAUUAAUGUAGAACCUGGUAUAUCCACUUUUGCUGGUGAAGAAUAUACUAAUGAUUGUAGUAAUGUGGAUAAUAUUUAUGAAUCUAAUGUUUUUGUUGACCCUAAGAUAACAUUGUCUUCACCAUUAAUUGGGUCAAAUGUGAAUAUGGGAACAAGUUUGAAUUUUCCAAAAGUUCAAAAUGAAAUUGAUGAUCCCCUCCAAUUGAAGGUGUACCCAUAUUGGGUUCAAUGUGAUAUACCUGAUAAUGAUGGAUAUUAUCCCAUUCAUCAUGCAGUAUUGGAUCAUGACAUAAUAUCAGUGACGCGACAGUGUAUAGUGUUAAAGAUCAAAACUAAUGACAUCAAUUUGGAGUGUUCUGAUGGAUUGACUCCUCUUCACUUGGCUGUUAUGUACAAUGCACCAAUAGAAAUCACAAAGAUGUUGUUAAAAUUUGGAGCAGCAAUGGAUUUUACCGAUGAUUCAGGAAACAACUGCUUCCACAUAGCAGCAACUAAGAACUAUAUGAAAACGCUACAAGCGUUGAAUGUAUGGAAUAAUAUUGAAUGCAUAAAUCAGUGUAAUCAUGAUGGUUACACGCCACUGAUGAUUAGCGCAAUUGAAAACAACAUUGAAGAUAUAAAUACGUUAGUAAAGCAUGGCGUCGAAUUGAACGUCACAGAUAAGAAGUCGGGACGGACGGCUUUAUUCUAUGCAGUAGAAAAUAAUGCAGUCGAAACUGUAGAAUUGCUGAUUAAAGCUGGAGCUGAUAUUACGAUAAAGAACUUCGCAGGAUUAACGGUCUUGGAUUUGACGGAUGAUAUGACGACCAUGCACCAGGAAAUAAAACAAUUAAUAGUUAGUAACAGUUUUGAGAUAGCUCAGAAACGAAAACGUACCGGCGAUACGAGUCGAACGACGAAACGAAAAAAGCAAUAGUUGUGCAUCUUUUUUUUAAAUGUACAUAUUUAA